AUGAUUGCGUUACAAAACCGGCCUAUCUUGCCGCCCGCCAAAGUGGAUAUCUCACUGCUACUCAAGCCCCAAGAUGAGGAAGAAGCCACCCCGGCACAGCCUGCGCACCUCUAUCCGCCUCGAUCUCUACCGGCUCCGCCUUCGGGGGCGGCGCCGCUCAUGACGGGUCCGACACCCGUGGCGCCCUCCUUGACUAAGACCGCCCCGGGUCUCCCGGCAAAGCGUCUGCAGCCCGCUCACACUGCGGAGUCACCUGCCAAGAAGCAGUCCAAGUGGUCGCCAGAGGAAGAUGCCUUGAUCAUCGAGCUGCGAGGCAGUGGUAUGAAGUGGGAGGAUAUCAGCAAACGCCUGCCAGGUCGCAGUGCCAUCAGUUGCCGUUUGCACUACCAGAACUAUCUCGAGCGCCGCAGCGAGUGGGAUGAGGAUAAAAAGAACAAGCUCGCUCGGUUGUAUGAACGAUUUAAAGCAGAGAUGUGGUCCAAGGUGGCGGAAGAAAUGGCCAUCCCAUGGCGUGCCGCAGAGGCCAUGCACUGGCAGCUCGGCGAGCAGGAAAUGGCCCGCCGCGCAGGCGUGGUGCCCUUCUCUCUAUCGAGUACUGCAAUCGAUCCUCCCACCACCCGAACUCGCCGAGCGAGCACGUCUUUUGCCCGCCCACGGAAAUCUUCUACCUCACGCGCAAUCCCUGGUCAUCUCCCAGGCCUUCCAACCCAGCUUCCAUCUCUCGAAGAACUGACCGCAGGGGUCCCUGCGUAUGCCCCGCCAGCUCCUCCACCACCGAGAGAGUUCUAUGGAGUAGGAAGACCUCCGGACAUGGGUAUUCCCCCGCCUGGUCUUAUGGGCCCGCAUCUGGGAUUGCCUCCACGAACUUUGCCCUAA